AUGUAGUCCCGGCAGCGCGCACUGAUCUGCGAGUGCGAAUAAUAGAAGGCGCAGAGUCCGGGGCCGCAGAGCGCACUCCCUGCCGCAGCCUAUGUGUCCCUCCGCCGGAGAAGCGCCCCCUGGCGGUUACCGGAGUCAGUUCAACCGCCGCCGCCCGCCGGGAGUGAGAGCCGGAGGAUAUACUUUUCAUUGAUGCUUCAUCUUGGAUGUAUGAGCUCUGAUUUCAUCUGCAUCUCCUUGUGCUGUGUGACGUUUACUAUCCCAGUCUAUGACAGUAACUUCCCUGGAAUACAUUCUUCAUCUUUGUAGUGACUUACAAGGUAGAAAUUAUGUUCCAACUUCCUGUAAAUAACCUUGGCAGUUUGCGAAAGGCCAGGAAGACUGUGAAGAAGAUAUUGGGGGACAUCGGCUUGGAAUACUGCAAAGACCAUGUCGAUGAGUUUAAGCAGUUUGAACCUAAUGACUUCUAUGUAAAGAACACAUCUUGGGACGAUGUAGGAUUGUGGGACCCUUCCCUUACGAAAAAUCAGGACUAUCGAACAAAGCAAUUCUGCUGCAGUCAGUGUCCCUUCUCCUCAAAGUUUUUCUCUGCCUACAAAAGUCACUUUCGGAACGUCCACAAUGAAGACUUUGAAAACAAAAUCCUUCUGAAUUGCCCCUACUGUACCUACAACGGGGACAGAAAGACUCUAGAGAUGCACAUUAAAGUCUUUCAUGCUCCCAACACAACUUUGCAAAACCCAGGCCUGAGCUCUUUCAAAGAUAAAAACAAGUAUGACAGCCUUAAACCGAAACAGACCGACAGCGUGGAGCAAGCGGUUUACUAUUGUAAGAAGUGCACUUACAGAGAUCCUCUCUAUGAAGUAGUUAGAAAGCACAUAUACAGAGAACAUUUCCAGCAUGUUGCUGCACCGUAUGUUGCAAAAACAAGUGAAAAAUCCAUUAACGGUGCAAUGCCCAUAGGCGCAAACCUAAGGGAGGAGAAUAGCAUCCAUUGCAAACGUUGCCUUUUCAUGCCGAAGACUUACGAAACUUUAGUCCAGCAUGUUAUUGAAGACCACGAACGUAUAGGGUAUCAGGUAACGGCAAUGAUAGGCCACACCAAUGUGGUAGUUCCUAGGUCCAAGCCUUUAAUGUUGAUAGCUCCAAAACCCCAAGAUAAAAAACCUAUGGGUAUUCCUCCACGAAUGGGACCAAUGUCUCCUGGAAAUGUCCGAACCCUUCCGUCUCAACAAAUGGUGAAUCGACUCACUAUACCAAAGCCUUCUAUGAAUUCUAAUAUGAUGUCCAAUGUUCAGAUGCAGCAGAAUAACUAUGGAGUUAAAAACAUGGGACCUGGCUACUCUGUUAGUCAGCAGAUGAGACUAGGCAUGGGUGGAAAUGUACCAGUGUCCAUUCCCCAGCAGUCUCAGUCUAUGAAACAGUUGCUUCCAGGUGGUAAUGGAAGAACUUACACUUUCGGCUCUGAGCAGAGGUCUCAGGCUCCUUUAAGGUACUCUCUCGGACAUGGAAAUUCAGGUCUUUCCGCAAGCCAUUUAAAACCAGCCUCCAUGAACGCGUCUCAUGUAGCAUCUCGAGCACUGGCUCAGUCUAGUCCAAAGCCUCCUGCCGCGGCAGCUGCUGCGGCCGCAGCUGCAGUCGCUGCUGCUGCAGCAAACUCCAACUCCUCCACCCAAAAAUGGAAGAUCUGUACCAUCUGCAACGAGCUAUUUCCAGAAAAUGUGUACAGUGUUCACUUUGAAAAGGAGCACAAGGCUGAAAAGGUGCCUGCUGUUGCCAACUACAUUAUGAAAAUACACAACUUUACAAGCAAAUGUCUAUACUGUAAUCGUUACCUGCCCACUGACACGCUGCUAAAUCACAUGUUGAUCCAUGGUCUGUCUUGUCCAUAUUGUCGUUCCACUUUUAAUGACGUGGAAAAAAUGGCUGCGCACAUGAGGAUGGCUCAUGUUAAUGAAGAAAUGGCACCUAAAACAGAUUCUACUCUUACCUUUGACCUAACAUUACAGCAAGGAAGCCACACUAAUAUCCACUUACUUGUAACCACAUACAACCUUAGGGAUGCUCCUGCUGAAUCCGUAGCUUACCACGCUCAAAAUGCAGUGCCACCCACGGUUUCCAAACCUCAACCCAAAGUAAUAGAGAAGCCAGUUGAGCCAGUGAAAAACUUACCUCAAGCUGCCGUGCCCUACAAGAAAGAUGUAGGCAAAACACUUUGUCCCCUCUGUUUCUCCAUUUUGAAAGGUCCCAUAUCAGACGCCUUGGCUCAUCACUUGAGAGAAAGGCAUCAGGUUAUUCAGACAGUCCACCCUGUGGAGAAAAAGCUCACCUAUAAAUGUAUUCAUUGUCUUGGUGUCUAUACAAGUAACAUGACUGCCUCGACCAUCACGUUGCAUCUUGUGCAUUGCAGAGGCGUUGGAAAAACACAAAACGGGCAAGAGAAAUCCACUCCACUGAAAAUUAAUCCCAUUCCAUCCAUUAAUCCACUGAAACGUACAAAUGAGUUUGUUGAGCUGGCUCUUGCUAAGAGAAGAAAGCCGGAUGAUGAUCCGGAUGCUCCAGUGAUUAUUGAUGAGAAACCCGAAGAACCGGUGGUUCUAGUUUUGGAUCCAAGGGGUCAUGAAGAUGAUUCCUAUGAAGCUAGAAAAGCAUUCCUUACAAAAUACUUUAACAUGAAACCAUAUCCUAGCAGAAGAGAAAUUGAAAAGUUGGCUGCCAAUUUGUGGUUGUGGAAGAAUGACAUUGCUUCCCAUUUCAGCAACAAAAGGAAAAAAUGUAUCCGAGACUGUGAGCGAUACAAACUGAGUGUGUUAAUGGGCUUCAACAUGAGGGAGCUAAAUAAAGUAACGCAUGAAAUGGAUUUUGGUGCAGAGUGGAUGUUUGAGAACAUCGAUGAGAACCAGUCCAAACCAAAUGCUAGCAAAACAGUGGAUAAGAAAAAAUUGAAUGAAUCUACUUCAUCAGAUAGUUCUGCAAAUAUUAUUGAAGAUGACUCAAACGAAAGCUGCAAUGAACUGACUCCAGACAAAAAUCCUGAGGUGACCAGAGCAAGUCCUGUAACACAGUCAGAGCCAAAUCUUCCCCUUUUGCCUAUGGAAUCUCUAGAAGAUACAGACCAAAAGAUAGAUCUGACAUACAAAGCCAAUGAAUUGCCUGACACAGCCAAGGACAUUCAGGUUAAGAGCGAGAUAGAGCUAGAAAGUCCAUCCGAGUUUAUAGACCAGGUUUCUAGGCCAGGAAGUGAGCUAGAGUCUCAACGUGUUUCAGAUGCGGAAGAUGGUAAGAUAGAAGUAAAGCCAGAAACAUGGAUGAACGAAUCGAACCACAAGGAGGAUGCUGAAAAAGACCAUGCAGUCAUAAAAGAGGAAGCUCUUGUUCCUAGUAAUGAUGAGGUGCAAUCAAAAUGGAAAACCAAUACUUUUGGAAAAGUGGAGGAGUUUUGGGCCAAAGGCAAGUCACUGCCAUUCCCCAAUUCAACUGUAAAAGAUGAAAGUUUGUCGAACCAGCCGAGUGAAUGGCCAAAUAGCACAAUUGACAAUGAAGACGGGGAUCAGUUUGAUGUGACUGUUACAGAUGCAAUGCACAGCAACCUCACAGGUAUAGGACUUAGUAGCCAAGAGGUAUAGGUCGUUCUGGCGAUAUGGCUCCUACAGGCCGUCUGGAACUGUUUAAUUACAAUACGACUGCUGAGUAUAACUUGAACUGUUUACUGCCGGCAAGUGGCAGGUAUCCUGAACAGUGAACGUUAAGGCCACUGUUAUUCCACAAUUUAUUUACAAAACUGUGCUGUUGACAUUGCUUGUGAUAUCCGCUGCAUUGGGCACAUAACAAUGUGAAAAAUAACAUUGGAUGCUACAGAAUGCAUAGUGGUGAUUAUCUGCAAUUUUCCUCCAUUUUCUUUUCUUUUUUCUUUAGUUCUUCAGUUAUUUUUAUUUUUUUUUACUUUUUUUGCUCCUCGAGGUGAUACAACAAAAAUAAGUUUUCAUACUGGCUAUCCUCCCUUUCACCUAGUAGUUAGUCUAACAUGAAAACUAAAGAUUCUGGUUCAUUGUGUAUAGACAUUGAAGGGGUAUUUCCCUCCCAUUUCCCCCAGUCUUGUAUUCAUUCUGAAUAGUUAAAAAAAAUAUAUGUAUAUUUGUACAGUCUUUUAGACCUAUUCAAAGUGAGGCUUCUGAAAAUGUAUUUGUGUAUCCAUUCUAGACUUUUCUUUCUUUAGUGAUGAUGGCCUGCUGUGUAUAAUGCUGUACCUAGUUUCCCUAGCAGAAAGGCUUGAUGAAACUGCUAUAGUAAAACAAAAGCUAAAAUUAAAUAUUUUUUUUUUUGUCCCUGACGAACCAUCACCUUUUCUGAACAUCCCUGAGAACUAGUUGACAAACUGGCGUUUCAGAAUACCGAUUAUUUUAAUCCUAUGUUCAAUGCAAGAAACAAGUUUGAAACCCUUUAAUAUUUUGACACCUUUUAAAAAAAAUAAAAAUACAAAUAAAUUUAAAAAAAAAAUGGGAAAAAAAAGAAACCACACACAAACCAAUCUGUAUAUUAUGUAUUGUGUUGAAGUACCUUACCAGACACAAUGCUGUAUUUUGCAUAUUUAGUUUUAUUUAGUUGAUGCCCACAUAGUGUUGUUCAUUUAAUAUACCAUCUAAUAUUUGACACACUGUUGUAGUAAUUUGUGAUCUUUAUUUCUUUGUAUUCAUUUACGCAUCUAAAUAAAAAUGCUGUAUUGUG